AUGUUGAAUAUAGUUGAAGUCGAUCGAUUGAGUCCAACUCCCUUCAAAUAUCUUGGGAUUCUUGGAUACUCGUUGAAGUUGAAAAACGGAGAUACUCUAUGGGACAAUUUCACAUUUCUCAAAAAUUUGUUGCACUUGGUGGUUGAUGAUUUCGAGGUGAAGAUGAUGGAGACUGAGGCGCGUAUUUUCAGCUGGAUUUUCAAAGAGGAAUAUAGCCUCAGAAUUCAAAAAUCGAGAAUUUUUAUUGUCAACGAUUUCAACGCCAAAAUAUGCAUUUCUAGGAUUAAAAAGUUUGUUGAAGGUAAACGUUUUUGUGAAUAAAUAUUUAAUAAAUCAAAUAUUUCCAGAAAACUUGGCUGAAAAUAAAAAAAGCGAACCUGGUUCAAGACUCUGGAACAUUGAAGAUGCUCGAAGUUAUUUCGCGGAAAAAUUCGAGAUCUGUUCAGAGGAAAUGCUGAAAUUUGUCUCUUCUCGAAAAGAUAUUGAAAAUCUCAAGUUUUUGUGCGAUUUAGCGCAAAAAACCGUGAGAUUUGCACAGGAAAUGAUGUCAAAACAAGGUUUUUCUGGCGUCAAUAAUAAUGAAAAGGAUAAUCCAAUAUAUUUGAGGCUUUUGUGUGAAUCGAAAAAAGAAGAUAGGAAAGAAUGGCAUUUUUUCAAUGAAGAUGUUAUAAAUGCACUGGAAUAUGUUGUAUUAUCAGAUGAUGAAAAUGAUAAAAAACACGAAAAAUUGGAAAAAUGGCGGAAAAAUGGAUCGAUAAUAACUGUAAAAUGUUUCGAAACAAUGCUAGAUUUAUUAAAUAUCUCGAAAUCUAGAUUUAUUAUUGUUCAAGAUUUUGAAAUCACAAAAGGUAUCACAGAACUACCGUUAAUCAUGGGAUAUUGUGCAAUGAAAGUUGUAUCGCCUGAUGGAAAAGAUGUUUAUCAUCAAAUCCAGGCACAAUUUCUACUCUUCCAGUUUGCUGUUUGUGAUAUUUAUUGGCCAAAAAGGAAAAGUGAAGAGCAUGAAAAACAGAAGACAAAAAUAAUUGAAGAAAUGCGAAAUAUCACAAAAGGAUAUCAUUUAGCAAGUGAGAUUGAUGAGAUAAUUGAAAAAUUUAAAUAUUCAAAAUUGGCCGAAAAAACGGGUUUAGCCUCAAUUCAUGGAAUUAUGACGUUUAAAACGACGUGUUCUCCAAAAUUAGUGCGAAUAUUUUUGAAAUCAAUUGGAAUGUCGAAGAGUAAAGAGAUCCGAUUCUUUAAGCCAAUGAAUUUUGCAGUGUUUUUGAAGUACACUUUAAUGAUGAUGAAUAUUCAAAGAUUUUUUGAUAGGCAAGAAGAUUUGGAUUUGAAGAAGAAUAUAAUGAAAGCUUGGAGUUUGGGGUUGGCGAAUAUUGAUGAUUUCGAAAUGGAAUAUUGGAUGAAUAACCCGUUUUCGAUGGAAUUUUAUGAUUGUAAGAAGGUUGGGAAGUGUUAUCAACAAAUGGUGAGAAAUCGAACAGAAGGUUUGAAUUAUCAUUCGGAUGGUUGGUUAUUUUGAGACUGAAAAAUGAUUCUGAAAUCAAUGAAUUCCAUUCAGGCCUGAUUCGCUCUCAUUAUCAUUUCAAACUCGAUGAUCAUUAUCGCAAAAAAAUGCAGACCGACGGAAAGUCAACUGAUCGAACAGCAAUUAAAACAAGAAAACUUUUGGAUCGAUUUCUCAAGAAAUUACCGUAAGAAUCUUGUUCAUAAACAACUUUUGGGGGUCAAAAGAACAGAAAAUUUUUCGGCAUUGCUCAGUUUAGUACAGAAUUAAAUAUUCUUGAAGCAUUGCUUGGGCUAUAAGAAAUUUCGAAGUAAACUCAAAUUUUUGGCCGAAAAACUAGACUUUUUCGGCAUUGCUCAGGUUAAAAAAGAGCUCAAAAUUCAAAUUUUCAAAAUUUCUGGAAAAAUUGAGGAAUUGCUCAUGUUAGUGUAGAAUUAAAACACCUUGAAAUUUUUGGACCUCAGAGUCAAGUUCUGAGCUCUCAAUAGUUCAAAAAUUGGCUCAUUAUAGCUCCAUUUCAAAAAUAACUUUUGGGAGAAAAAAGUUCAUUUUUAAAGUGUUUUAUUUUCGCCUGAAAAUUCACCAAAAAUAGAACAUUUUUCUCUGAAAAUUCAAUUUUUUAAACUAAGUUUUUCAUUGAAUUUUCAGAAAAAAUUUCUAUUUUUGCUGAAUUUUCAGGCGGAAAAUAAAAAACUUCAAAAUUUAUCGAAAAAAUGUUUGUAUCUUUUGACUGACAUGAGCAAUUCCUCAAUUUUCCCAGAGAUUUUGAAAAUUUGAAUUUUGAGCUCUUUUCUAACCUGAGCAAUGCCGAAAAAUUCUAGUUUUUCGGCCAAAAAUUUGAUUUUACUUUGAAAUUUUUUAUAGCUUGAGCAAUGCUUAAAAAUUAUUUAAUUCUGCUCUAACAUGAGCAAUGCCUCAAUUUUCCCAAAAAUUUUGAAAAUUUGAAUUUUGAGCUCUUUUCUUAACCUGGCAAUGCCGAAAAAGAAACAAUAUUUCAUCAAAUUUUGAAGUGUUGUGUAAAAAAAAAAGGUUUUUUUCCAGAAAAGUGCUUCUCGAAAUGCCCGAAGAUGUUUUCGAGUCAAUCGAUGAUUUUUUGAAGCGUUUCAUCGAUGUUUUUCGCGAAACUUGGGUCAUUCUUCCUGCUUUUCAAUUGAUUAAUGUAAGAAUUUCCCUAUUUGUUUCCUGAAAAAAUAAUUUGUAUUUAUUUUUUCAAUAUGUAGGCUUCACAAUUAAUUCGACCAUUUUUGCGAGAAGAAACCAAGGAUUUUCUCGAUUUUGCGAAAAUCGAUGAAAAAUGGUUUUGCAAAAAGAAAAAGAGUGCGGAAAAAAUCGAGGAAUCACCCAGAAAAUAUCAAAAAGAGCAAAGAGAAAUCGUAAUUGAGACAAAAAUCGUGGAAACUUGCCAGAAAUGCAGCGAAAUUGAGAAGGAGAAUAUAGCAUUUGCGAGAAAAAUCGAGGAACUUGAGAGAAAUCGAACAUCAAUGAAAAAGACGAUUGAUGAAAAAGAGGGAGAUUUGCAGAUUUUAAAUCUCCAAAUCAAACAAAAUAAAUUGAAUUAUGAAGAAGCUGUGGAAAAUCAUCAAAAAUAUGUGGAAAAUCGAGAAAUGAAAAUAUUGCAAUAUGAAUAUGAAAUUGAACAAUAUUUGGAUGAUUGGAAAAAUGAAAAAAUGAAAUUAUUGGAUGAAAAUCGAAAAAGUAGAAGAAAUGAGAAUGAAGAAAUUGAAAAAAUGAAAAAACGAUUGGAAAAUGCAAAAUUUUCGGAUCGAAAUAUGAAUCGAAUUAUUGAAAAAUUGCAAAAUGAAAAUAAUCAAUUAAAAGUGAGAAUUGAAAUUGCUAGAGAAAAUUUGUAA